CCGCUCCGAGUCGACACUCGCCGGAACGGGAAAAAGAAAGGGAAAACCCAGCACAACACCCCAGUCACCGUCUCAGCUUCCUUCUUCGGCCGCUCUAAGCCUUCCACCCGGUUGGGACUCGUGAGGACGGAAAAAAAUCGAGGAAAAAGGGGGGAAAACAUAGGAAAAAUCAACGAAAACAAAGGAAAGACGGAAAAAAAUUUGAGGGGUUUGGGGAUUUUUGAUCGAAAGGAUUCAACUUUGGCUACAAAGUUUUCAAUUUAUGGGACUCUGUUCUCAUGAUAGCGAUGUGAGGGGCUACCUGACGGGGAUCGCCGGCGGGCCUCAUUUCGGUGGAGGCAUGGUAGAGGUGAUUGGGGGGCCACUGUACAAUUUUUUUGUAAAAACUGUAUAGGGAGAGUUCAGAACCCCCAACGGCAUCCUCUGCGAUGCCUCCAUCGUUGCCAUUGACGACCGUUCCGUCUUCACCAUGCUCACCAUGGUCAAGGGCAUCGGCGCCUCGCUCGUCCAAAUGGUCAUGAUCUUCUUUCUCCACCGCCGACCACCCGAUGUGCUCCCCGUCGGUGACUGCCGCAUAGGUCGACGUAUGGAUAGAUAUUCCCUGGCCCUUGGAGAUGCAUUCCAGACACCAACUUAGAAUCUUUUGUUCUUCAGCGUGAUCGUGGUCAAGCCCUGGUUCACCUCUCGCAGAACAACGUCCCCCGCUGGUGGUCAUAGGGUGGAAGGAAGAAAACUAGGGGAGGAUAUGUUCGCAACUCUAGCCCGGUGGAUGGCGAAGAAGCCGAAACCGAAGAUGAAGCCGAUCGAGCCACGGAUGCCGCCUGAACAGAUUCAGACCGUUAGCCGCACCAUCUUCGACAUCGUCAAGGAGCACGGCCCUCUCACCAUAGCCGAAACCUGGGAACACCUCAAGGGAGUUGGUUUGAGAGGGUUGAAUAGCAAAAGGCACAUGAAGAUACUAUUGAGAUGGAUGAGGGAGAGGCAGAAGCUGCGGUUAAUCUGUAAUCAUGACGGACCUCACAAGCAAUUCCUUUAUACCACCUGGUUUACCAAUCCCAAAACCAUGCCACCGAGACCAAGAAAGGGAACUUCGGAGCCAUGACUGAAUAAAAUAUGAUGAAAGUUCCUUUGCAGGCUCUCCAAAUCAGUUUUAUGAUAAUUGCAAUCAAUCACCUUUACGGCAUGUACAAUUUGUUUUGCAGUAUCAGGAUAUAUCAUUGCUGCUGUAUUAUCCAUCAAAUGGCCAAGUUAAAUUAUUGAUAGAGAGGAUUGAUAAGAUGAUUGUCGAGGUGUUUCUACGUGGCUCAUCAUUGUUCUGUUC